GAGAGAGAAAAGACACCACCCCAAAUCCCCAAUCGAGUUCGAUAAGUACCAGAGCCGAGGGGAUCGGCGGCGAGGCGUCGGCAGGCAGGCAUGGAGGACCUGAGCGUGGAGGAGCUCGCCUCCAACCUCUCCACCUACAAGGACCAGCUCCUCGAGGUUAAGAAGCUUAUUAAGGACAAAAAGAAUGACCCUGGAAUUUCUGAAUAUCUCGAUAUGGAGAAAGAGCUUCAGGAGGAGCCAUGCCCGGCAAGGUAGCAUGAAAAGGCAGCUUGCAACAGAAGAUUUAUUUUUGGGGAAUUUAGAUUUUUUGUAACGAUGAAAGGUGAGAAGGUUGGUUAAAACAAUGGUAGGGACUGUCUGAGCAAAAAUGAACACUGUAUAAAGCUUCAAAGUUGUCCAUUACCCUUUAUCUUGAUUGAUUGCAGGUUUGUGUCUCAUGCUAGAGUACCUCCUCCUGAUUUUGGGUGUCGAUGCUGCUGUUCUAAGUUGGAUCUCGAAAAUGGGCGCAUAUUUAAUAAUGCUGGGAUGUUCCUUAUGUUUAUGAUGCAUAAUACCAUUUUUUUUGUGACCACUGCAGGUCAUCAUGCUAACCGAAGAGCUUUUGGCAACUGCAAAGCAAGCUGAGAGUGCCCAGAAUGUUGCAGGUCUAUCACCACCGAAUUAUUCAGCUGGAGUGCAAUCAGAGGGACUGGAUGACCUUUCACAUUCCCAUAAGUUUGCUGUUGGGGCUAGAGUGCAAGCUGUCUGGAGUGAAGAUGGGGAAUGGUAUAAUGCAACAGUUGAAGCUUUGACACCAAAUGGAUAUUAUGUGGCUUAUGAUGGCUGGGGAAACAGUGAAGAGGUAGACCCAGAUAAUGUGAGGCCGCUUGAGGAAGAAGCGGCAGAUGCUUUGCGGCAAGCUGAAAAGGAAGCUGAAGCCACAAAAAUGGCAAUAAAGAGGAAAAUGGAACAAGCUGCAACGUCUGAUUUUCAAGCGCGUAGCUUGCCUGCCAAACUUCGCAUCGAACCAAGUGAUCCUGAGGACGUGAAAGCUGCUAAGCGUAAGAAAAUACAUGCUUUCAAAUCAAAAGCCCGGUUUGAGCAGCUUGAAUUUGCGCAAAACAAGCGGCAGAAUGCAUGGCAGCAGUUUCAAACGACCAAGGGUAAAGCUAAAAAGGUGGGGUUCUUCUCUGGUCGCAAGAAGGAGAGCAUCUUCAAGUCGCCGGACGACCACAGAGGUAAGGUGGGUGUCACCGGGAGCGGCAAAGGCCUGACUGAUUUCCAGAGGAGGGAGAAGCAUCUGCACCUCAAGGGUGGCUCUGGGGACGCAUUGGAUGAUGAGGAAUAGACUGGUGUGCCGUCGCCCUGUUAGCUCGCGAGCUUAUCACCAAACAUUUCCAUGCCUGGUGUUUAUUGCUUGCUGAGCUGGUCCUGAGGGGCGCCAGUUCUGUAUGUCAAACUUGUCGGAUCUAGAAUUCUCACAGAUAUAUCAUCAAUGAUUUCAUGUUGCAUUCUGGACUUCUGGUGCCCCCAUCUCAUGUUUAUGAAAUUUGUGCCAAGAUAGACACCAUGUCGUUGUGUGUAGUUUCAACCCCAGUGGGUCGUCGUCUCCAGCA